AUGCCGAAGAAGCCAUUGAUCCUCCAUCUAGGCGAUUCCAUCAAGUAUAACCAUGACUUUUACAACCAAAAAUUUCUGGAUCGCUUCGAGGUUGUUCAUAACGACACAAAGACACGCGAGGAGUUCUUCGAUGCGUUGAAAAAUGGAAGAUUUGGCGACUUCUCCGCCAUCUUUCGACCACACUUCCAGACCGGCGGCGAGAUGGGCCAGUGGGACGACGAAUUGAUCAAGCUACUGCCGGCUUCUGUACGUAUCUUUGCCUCCGCGGGUGCAGGCUUCAACUGGGCCGACACAGAUGCACUGGGACGACGGAAGAUCUGGUAUGCGAACGGCGCCGGGUGUUCAGAUGACGCGGUCUCCGACACAGCUCUUUACAUGAUCCUGUCCGUCUUCCGGAAUUUCACCCGCCAACAGCUUGCCGCGCGAACGGCUGAUCCAAAAGUAUUCACAGCAACGCACCGGCUGAUGGGCAAUAUAUCGCGUAACCCUGGGGGCCAUGUUCUCGGGAUCGUCGGUCUGGGAAAUAUCUCCAAGAAACUGGUGUUUAAAGCCCAAGCUAUUGGCAUGAAUGUGCACUACUAUGAUGUCUUCAGACAAAGCACCGAGGAGGAGUCUCGCUUGAAAGUCACGUACCACGACUCACUCGAAAAUCUAUUGCACGUCUCCGACUGUGUGUCACUACACACGCCUCUGAACGCACACACCAAGCAUCUCAUCAAUAGCGACACAAUCUCGCACAUGAAAGACGGAGCUCGAUUGGUCAACACGUCGAGGGGAGAGGUCGUGGAGGAGGAAGCGUUGGUCAGUGCGCUGCAGAGUGGGAAGAUCUCAGCAGCCGGCCUCGACGUUCAUUACCACGAGCCACAGGUUUCACCGGUGCUGGCGCAGAUGGACAACGUCACGCUGACGACGCACAAUGGAGGCGGUGCGAUUGAGACGCGAAUCAAUUUUGAGCUGAACGCUAUGAAGAAUAUACUGGCUGUAGUUGCGCCAGAUGGCUCGUUUUUGGGCGAUCCAUUGACCCCUGUGAAUCGGAGAGCAUUUGAAGCUGUAGCCUAG